CUCCAACAGCAGGCGCUUAGGUCACACUUGAACUAUCGGCGGACGCAGCCCACGACCCCCGAGCUGCACGCCCCACCGGCCAUUCUGAUCAAAUCGGAAACACCCUGAUAGGAAGCACAACAGUGGGCGUGGCGUGAGAUCUGUGCAAGUUGUGUACUCUCGGCUCCUUGGCGCUGACCGUCUACUCUGCUCCGAAACGCGGAAAGGAAAAGCGACCGACGCGAUCGCCAGCCGUUUGGCGCCCAACCGCCGAAUUGCGCGGCGAUGCGGCAGGUUCUGUUUGAUGUUCUGUCAGCGUGCUGUGUCGUCGUCAUACACAGGGUGAAGUGUUUGUGUCUGUAGUUUUGGCGCUGCGGUCCGCUCCGGACCGGCGCACUCCCUACAAGUACUGCAGGGCGGUCACUGGAUCUUGCUCUCCUGCAAGAGGCUGCCCUUUGUGAGGUUUGCGUAUCGCAAUGGAGGGGCGGUGG